CCGCAGCCGCGGUCUAUCUUCACUCUGAAAUAGUCUUUUCAAUUACCCAGCACCCCUCUGAAACGUUUGACCUGUCUCUGGCCUUGGUGUGCAGUGCAGAGCUGCUAGUUGUCCGCGCUCGCCGGCUGUGGGAUUAACCGUUAGUGGCUUUCUGACAGACUGCCCGGCUCGUGAAGUGGGAUCAGGAACAGGAGAGCGGAGCCACGAUGCUGAAAUGUAGGACAGUAUGGAGAAAGCUCGCACCUCUGGCUAAAUCCUCGUCCACACUGUGCCGGCAGAACGUGAGAAGAGCAGGUUUGAACAAUGGCCGAACACCAGUGUGCGUUCCUGCAGCCCACAUGUCCAGUGGGCCUGUGGGAGGAGGUGGAGACAACCUCAAGUAUGCUCUCCUGGUUGGCGCAGUCAGCGUUGGAGGCCUCGUUUAUGCAGUUGUAACCAUGAAGUCGGACCAAAAACGAUACGAGCAGCGCAUAGAAGAACUUUCCACCAGGCCACAGAAAACGUCCACAAUACCUACAGCUGCACAAAUCCAGUCAGAACCUCCUGCUGUUCCUGAGGACCAGCCUGCAGCAGCACCUUCAAUAGAAGAGCCAAGCUCACCUGCAGAGGUUGAAGCCCCCAAAGAGGAGACGGCUCCUGAAACGACCACCCCCCCAGCAGAUGAGCCCGUGGUAGAAGGGUCACCAGAAGAGGCGGCGGCAGCAGCUGCUGUGCCUGUUGUUCAGGAGGAGCCGCUAGUGUCCUCUGAGCCGCCCCCGGCGGUGGAGAGCGUUGUACUAGCAGAACCCGCAGCAGCAGAACCUCCUGCAUCAGAGCCUCCAGAGCCCCAACCUGAAGUUCUGGUAGAGAGUGUAGCGGACUCCACGCCUGUUUCCUUGAAGCUGCCCGCCCACGCACCUUACCUCCUGAUUGGUGGAGGUACGGCCUCCUUUGCUGCUGCCAGGUCCAUUCGAGCGAGAGACCCCGGUGCCAAGGUUCUGAUAGUGACCGAUGAGCCUGACCUCCCGUACAUGAGGCCUCCUCUGUCUAAAGAGCUGUGGUUCUCUGACGAUCCCGCGGUGACGGACACACUGCGUUUCAAACAGUGGAACGGCAAAGAAAGAAGUAUAUAUUUCCAGCCGCCGUCAUUCUACAUCAGACCGGAGGAUCUGGAUGGAGCAGAAAACGGAGGAGUGGCUGUUCUGAACAACAGAAAGGUGGUUUACAUGGAUGUGAGGGGAAACAAAGUCAAACUGGAUGACGACACAGAGAUCUCAUAUGACAAAUGUUUAAUAGCUACAGGUGGUAUUCCAAGAAAUCUACAGCUCAUUGAAAGAGCAGGAGAGGAGGUGAUGAAGAAAACAACUUUAUUCCGCAAGAUUGAGGACUUUAAAUCGCUCGACAAAGUCUCUAGAAACGUGAAAUCGGUCACAAUUAUUGGGGGUGGCUUCCUGGGCAGCGAGCUGGCCUGCGCCCUCGGGAGGAGAUCCACUGAGUCGGGAUUGGAGGUGAUACAGAUGUUUCCUGAGAAGGGGAACAUGGGAAAAGUGUUGCCCGAGUAUCUGAGCAACUGGACAACAGAGAAAGUCAAGAAAGAGGGUGUCAAGGUUCUAACAGAAGCUCUGGUCAAAUCUGUCUCCUGCAAGGACGAUCAAUUAGAAAUCAAGCUGAAGGACGGCAGAGUGGUAACAACAGACCACAUCGUUGCUGCUGUAGGUCUGGAGCCAAAUGUGGAUCUCGCCAAGUCAGCAGGUCUGGAGGUGGAUUCUGAUUUCGGCGGCUAUCGGGUUAAUGCAGAGCUGCAAGCUAGGUCCAACAUUUGGGUGGCGGGAGAUGCAGCGUGCUUCUACGACAUCAGACUGGGCCGCAGACGGGUGGAGCAUCACGACCACGCCGUCGUGAGCGGGAGACUAGCGGGAGAGAACAUGACAGGAGCCAGCAAACCUUACUGGCAUCAGUCUAUGUUCUGGAGUGACCUUGGACCUGAUGUGGGCUAUGAAGCCAUUGGGAUUGUUGACAGCAGCUUACCAACCGUGGGAGUGUUUGCCAAAGCCACCGCCAAGGACACACCCAAAGCUGCCACAGAAAUGUCAGGGACCGGCAUCCGCUCAGAGAGUGAAACAGAGGACACGGCAGUCAGCCCGGUGGCCUCUGACACACCCAGUCCUGCUGCAGAAAACAAAGAUGACUUUGGCAAGGGAGUCAUCUUCUACUUGAGAGACAAAGUGGUGGUGGGCAUAAUCCUGUGGAACGUCUUUAACAGAAUGCCCAUUGCGAGGAAGAUUAUCAAAGAUGGAGAGGAGCAUGCAGAUCUGAACGAAGUAGCCAAGCUGUUCAACAUCCAUGAGGAUUAAGGGUGAAGGAGGCCCACUCUCAGGGGGAAGAGUUUUUGCUUCAGAUGAAGAGUGAACUCUGGCAGUAAUUGCCACAUCAACAAGUUUUGCAUACCAAACAGGAGGAUCAAUGUAAAUUAUGUUGGUUAAAUAUUUUCAUAUUUUGAUUUGCUGCUCAUGUUUUUUAUUUUAUUUUAUUUGUUUCUGCUAAGUUUGUUUCUUCAUGAGAAGUCAGUGUGUGUGUGAGAGUCCUUCUGCUUUCCCCCUGACAUCAGUCUCAUUGUGUUGUGAUCAGGGAAGCUUCUACUAAGAAAAACUACAAUAAAAGCUAUUUUUAAAUUG